GAAGAUUUAAAAGAAAAGGGAUAUACAGUUGUUAAAAAUGUUGUAGAUGAAUCAGAUUGUGAUGUCUACAUCCAGCAAUAUAAAGAUUGGCUUAAGCAAUUUAAAAACGGCGCGUGGCCAGUCAACAUGCAUUCCUGUAUACAAAAAUACAGGAUCGCGCACAUGGAACCUUCCUGGAAUGUCAGAUUAAAAUCUAAGAAAGUUUUUGAAGAAAUUUGGAAAACUGAUCAACUCUUGUCCAGUUAUGAUUCUGUUGCCAUCGCCUGCCCUCCAGAUUAUCUCGACACCCCAAACAAUUUGUAUGCAAACACUUCUGUUGCGUCUUCAGGCUGGUUACACUGUGAUCAGACAUAUCUUCGAGAGGGCUUGCAUGGUUAUCAAGGUGCAGUAUAUCUAGAAGAAACCAGCGAAAAGGACUGGACUCUAGAAGUUCUUGAAGGAUCUCAUAAAUUAUUUGAGGAGUUUUUCGAAUAUUCGGAUAAUGCCAGAAUCCGAAGCAUUUUAAACCAUGUGUACCAAGUGAAACCCAGUGAUCGAGAAUGGUUUCGUCGAAAAGGGUGCAUCAGGAAAACUAUUGCAGUGCCAAAGGGCGGUAUGGUACUAUGGGAUUCUAGGCUCAUCCAUGCCAAUUCACGGCCAAAAGAGAAUCGCCCUGUCAAAGACCGUUGGCGAUUUUGUGUUAUGGUCUGCAUGGCUCCUAAAGUUUGGGCCACUGACGAAACUCUCGAAGUAAAAAAGACAAUCUACAGAGAUAUGCUGAUGACAACCCAUUGGCCC